AUGUCGAGAGCACGCGCGGUCGCCGACGAAGACGUCGACGCGGCGGAAGUGCCGGAGCCCUCAUCCAUUGAGCCGCCGAUCGUGGAGGAGCCCGAGGAGGCAGAGACGAGCAGCGGUUGGUGGUGGAGGUGGUGGCACAGCGAACGCGUCCGAUUAGCUGAUCUCACCGACGACGUCGUCGACGACAUCGGACAUUCGCAUUUUAGGCAAAAUCGGAGUGGGUGGGCAGAUGCUCGGGGGCCAAGAGUGAGGACAAAUCUGCAAAUAUAUCACGGAUUUUCAGAGAGUUUUCAGAGAAAAGAAAAAGAAGAAAAGGGGAAUAAUGUGCUGAAAAGUACAACAAUGGAUGAUGAUUCAGAUCGGCCGCGGGUGUCAUGCCUUUUCUAUUUUUACAUUGUUUUGUAAUGGAAUAAAGAGAAUGAGUCAAUCGUAAUAAAGCUAUUCGGAGAAACGAAUUCCCUGGAUAGUAUAUAUAUGGGCACGAAAUGAGAACUCGCUUUCUGUUUUCGUAGACGGUUCCGUACGAUCGGAAGGGAAGUGAGAAGCAGCAUCUGGUCUUCUGAAUCCCGCCCAAAAAUGCAAUGCAAGUGACCCGAAAGUGUUCGCAAAGACAGACACUUUGUCCCGUUUCCAUCUAUCCAUUUUUGCUUGCUUGUUAAUAUAAUAGUGUGGGAUGUCGUCGGCGAGUAAACGGGGUGUGUGUGUGGGGGGAAAAGAGGCGAAAGACAUUGAAACUGAACUUUUUUAUGCGUGUGAGAAGUGCGAAAUAGCGCACAAAAGUGGCGAGACGGAGAUAACGAAAGCGGGCAAAAAACGGGGGGUGAAAGUGAAAGCGAGAGGAGGAAGGGGCUCUUCAAAAUGUGUAUGUGUGUGUGUCAUUUACUUUGUAAACAUCGGAUACCCCGGGGCACAGCACAGAAAUACUAGGGGACGCCGAAGAAGAAGAAGAAGAAGAAGAAGGAGAAGAAGGAGAAGAAGGUCUCUCCUUCUUUUUCGGCGGCCGAGAAAUAAUUUUCAGAGAAUAAAGAUAUCUGGGAAAGUGAGGAAAAAACGGAUUAGAAUGAAUGGAGGAGAGAGAAAAAGAGAUUGAUAAGCGGGAGCAUGUGCUCCGCUCGCAGAGGGCUUAAUUGAAAUGAAUGGGAAUGAAUGGAGAGGAUACAUCACCUGCUCUGAUUGAUUUGCUCCGAAAAGCCAUGUCAUGCAAAUUGAGGGCUGCUUCUGAAGCCACGUGCUCGCAGAACAAGACUCUCGAAAUGAGCGAACAUCUUGAGCUGGCGGAGGCGGGAGAUGAUCUACCGUACUCUCAGCGCCCCUUAAUGCAAAUGAAAUCAGUGAAGCGCGUGCACAUUGUGCCACAUGAAUGGAAUUGAAAACAUUGAUUACUGUAGGCGACGAGACACUGACUCUAUUCUGAUGAUAUGUUUUGAUCUCUGAAUGUUAAUGUAGUCGAGAAGAAUGUGCAAAGUCAGAAGUCAGAACAAUAUUGCAACGCGAAGGUCAGUGGCAAGCUAUAAACUGACGUGAAAGUACGAACAGAUACAAAAAAAAGAGAAGGUAAGAAGACGGGGGUUCACGAUGGAAAGAUGCAGCUUACGAGGACUUAUAGUCGGAUUAUGAGGCGAGAGGGGGAUUGUUCACUUAUUCGGAGAGGUGAUCAGACGGGUGCGACGCGGUCGAAGCGUAGCGGCCGAGUCGCUGCUCCUCUCGCACAUGUUCAACUAGUGGGGGAGCCAUGUUUCUGGCCGUCUACUGCUGACUGCCCUCAUCGCGAGAAGAGAAGAAGGCGCUUCUUCUUCUUCCUCUUCUUCUUCUUCUUCUUCUUCUGCUCCUUCGUCUUCUGGCCUCUUCUUCUGCUUCUCCCUCUCUUUCUCUCGCCCUCCUUCUCCUGUGUGUGAGUGUGAGAGCAUGCCGAGCUCACACACACGGGCUCACGCGGCUUCACGCAGCUUCACGUCGCAUGCAUUUAGACGGUGGCGGCGGCGACGAAAAACGCGUGAGCGUGCGCAGUCCCCAAGCUGGCAGUAGCCCCCGACACACAUACGCGGCGCGCGCGAGCACAACUACAUAGCGAUAUGAUUCGUGAAUUUAGAGUGUACGUUUUGUCGAGAGAAGACGACGCCGUCCAAUUUAAUUAGUACUCCUCGAUGCGCGGCGCACACACGCUCCCCUUUUGGGCACCGCCCGUCUCUCCCUUUCUCCUCCCUUCUCUCGUGGAGCUUGAGCCCCUCAAGAAGGAUUCAAAACAGCUCACGACGAACAUUUGCGAGCAUUCGCUCUGACGCACUCAAAUUUUUUAGAGGAUAUCGCGUUGAGUCUAACUUCAUUUCUUUACACACAAAAUCAUGUCUUCGUUUCGCAAAAGCUCCGAAAGCAUCAGUAUGAAGUCAAAUAGGCUGACUUUUCGGAGUUUUUCAGAAAUUCAAAUAAUUUUCGCGUGUUCACCGUGAACGCGACGACGACGACGACGACGAGGACGGAGUGAAUCGCGCAUGCAUCAGCAGAGAGGACAAUGGAGCCAUAUGCGCGCACGAGCACAUUGCGACGACUCCGGAUUUUCGGUCGGCCGAAAAGAUUGAGGGGGAUUCGACGGAAAAACGAUGAAAGUCUGAAAAGGAAAACCUCUGAAACAAUGAGAGUUACUAGAAGUUGGCAAGUGUAUUUGUUUAGAUUACUUCGAUGUUUCAUAGGUUCUGCAAUUAAGAGUAUUGAACACUGAUUCCGAUAUUAUGUCAGCCCAACGACGACCAAUUUAGUGCUUCAAAUGAAAUCUGUUUUCUCUUCCAUUUUUAAGGUCAACUUUGUUUUUUUUAUUUUUAUUGGAUUAAUAAAGAUUUUAUUUUUGCGUUUACUUUAUUUAAUUGUUGCAUUUCACUUUGAUUCCCGUUUUCUCUAAAUUUAUUUUGCUAAAAUGAAUUUAGUGGCACUUGGUGCAAGUGCGCUCUAUUGAGAAAUGGCCGCGCUUUGAUGGCCUAGGUUUUGCGCGCGAAUUGCGUUCCUCACAUUUUCGUCCAAAAUUUCAUCUUGAUUGUUUUGAAUUGCUCCGCAAACUUCUGAAGCAGUUUCUUUUUAAACAUUAAAAAACAAUUAGAAUCUUACGUUUUAUUGAUUUUCUCAAACAAAGCUUCAAAACGCUGCUUGGUUAUCCGCUAAUUCUUGUCUUAACGCAUUUCUAGUUAAUCGACCUGUUUUUAUUUCAGAAAAUGCCUCCUGGAAGACCCGCAGGCAAAGAUAAACUUCGCGAGAUGAGCGAGACAGCUCCGUACUUGUUCGCCAAAGACCGACUCGCCACGUUCAAAAAUUUCUCGCUCGACAAAAUCGAAGACGCAAGGUGCACGUCGGACGAGGUGUGUUCAUUGAUUCUUUCACCUUUGUCUCUCUUUUACGGUCAAUCGUUCAGCUCGCGCGCGCAGGAUUCUACUGCACUGGCAUAGAGUCGGCCAAGUGUCCGUUCUGCCUCAAAGAGCUCGAUUUCGAACCAGAAGACGAUGCAUGGUCGGAGCACAAGCAGCGCGGAGUGAACUGUGAAUUUGUGAAAAUCGGAAAGCCCGACGACACGAAGCUCACCGUCGAAGACGUUAUCCGUCUUGCCACUCGCAGCGUCGCCAUGGCCAAAUACGAACAACAUGUGGCACUUCUCGAGGAGUGGAGAAAGAAUUUGAAUCACGACACGAUGGCCGAGCAGCUCACUAAACUGAUGACUGCGACGCCGAAACCGAAAACUGGCACUCGGACCAAAUAA